AUGGCGAUGAUGAUGACUGGCCGUGUGCUGCUGGUGUGUGCCCUCUGCGUGUUGUGGUGCGGUGUCGGCUGUGGUUUUGGUGAUGAAGAGGAGGGUACGGCACUUGUUGUCGGUCCACCUGGUGGUCGUUCGAAUGACGGUAAAGGCGGGCCGGGAUCAGCACCACCUUCACUGCCAGGAACAGGC